AUGGCCAUCAGCAUCGAUAACCAAGAUGAGACAUGGGUUAUCCACUCGAUUGUAGCCAUGCCAUCCCCUUCACCAUCCCCACUAAUCCCUAGAGUUCCAAAGAUAUUGGUGUGCGAGAAGAGCAAUAUUUACGAGAAAUACUAUGUUCCACAGGUUGUUUCCAUCGGCCCAUACCAUUAUGGCAAACUGAAGCUCCAGUUAGUCGAGAAACUCAAGUCUGAUUUUACCAAGAAGCUCCUUUCACAAUCGAAGUGUGAGGUUAAUGUGUGCCUUAGCAGCUUGUACAAAAAGCUUGGGGAAGCGAACAUGGUGAAGGAGUUAAGAAAGUUCUAUGAAGAGAAAUCAACAGACCAUCUCUCCGAUAAGGAAUUCACUAGGAUUAUGUUGUUGGACGGUUGUUUUAUUUUGUAUUAUAUUCGAUAUAUCUACGGGGAGAAAGCUGGAAGUUGUCGAGAGUUGAGAAGCCAUCAGAUUGUGUUAAUCCACCAAGACUUGUUCCUGCUGGAAAACCAAAUUCCCUUCAAAGUUCUAAAGGAGGUGAUGGAUUUGAUAAAACUUGAUAGGCGUGACAAGUUUCUAUCAUUCUUCGCUGACAACAUUUUGUCACCGGGGAGGCAGAAAAGAGGGUGGUUCUAUUUCCGAAGCGGCUCAACUCAAAAGGAUCAAAAUUCAGGACGAGAAUCACAAGGAAGCUUUGAAUUCGUAGGUCAUAAUCAUCUGCUCCAUCGUCUGCAUUCUGGGCUUACGGCCGGACCAAGUCCCAAGAAUGAAUCCCACUGGAUUCAAAUACUUUCCUGUCGUCCUAAAAAUAGCAGAAUGGAUGCAACAAGCAGCAGGUAUACUUUUCGGAACGUCAGCGAGCUUGCAGAUGUCGGUAUCCAUUUCAGGCCGAGUAGCGUUAUGUCUUUGGCUCAUGUGGAGUUUGUUGGACGGUGGUGGUGGUGGUUUUCAGCAGCGGUAAAACUCCCUCCGAUAACCGUGGAUGAUUCCACCCAGCCCAUGCUGUUAAACUUAAUAGCCUAUGAAAUGUGCGCUGAUGACGCACAUGAUGCGUGGGUUGCCUCCUACAUAUGCCUCCUGGAUUCUCUCAUCGAUCAUCCUGAGGACGUGAAGGCUCUUCGGAAAUCUGGGGUCCUUGAUAACUCCCUUGGGAGUGACCAAGAAGUCGCCACACUCUUCAACGAAAUAGGCACCGGUUUGGUGCCAAACAAUGAAGCAUAUUUGAAAGCUAAGAACCAAAUCCAAAUUCAUUAUGAAGACUUGAGGAACACAUGGUGUUCCCAACUCUAUCACGAGUACGUCAGGAGCCCAUGGUCAUUUCUAGCACUUGUAGGAGCUUUGAUGGCUCUUUUUCUUAGUGCUGUUCAAACUUACUUCACUGUCUGGGGUCCCAAAGGUGAGUGA